AUGGAGCAGCACAAAAGUCGGCUGGUUUACACCAUCGGCAUGCUCACGCUGUUCCUCUGCGGCGCCGUGUUCUUUCUGAUCGGCUUCUUUCCGGCCUCCUACUCGGUGGCCGAGGACCAGAGCACCGUGCCAGAAGGCAGGCCGACCACAUUGCACGGCGUAAAACUGACGCCACCGCCACCGGCCCACGACUCCUUCAUACUGUUCCUAAUCGAUGCGCUGCGCGACGAUUUUCCCAAUGCCACGUCCAUGCCGGUGGCUCAUUCGAGAGCCUGCGAAAAGCUCAUCCUCCAUGUGGACAUACCGACGGUGACGAUGCCACGCCUGAAGAGCAUCACCACAGGCACACUUUCGAACUUCAUCGACAUUGCCUUAAAUGUUGGCCACACGGAGCAGCUGCAGGACUCCUUACUGCACCGCCUGAACAAGCGGAAUAAGGUUGUCUCCUUUGCCGGUGACCACACCUGGGUGAGGCUCUUCCCUAGCGAGUUCACUCGACAUGCCGAGAACCAUGAUUCCUUUUACGUAAAUGACUUCUAUGAGGGCGAUAGAAAUGUGACCAAAACUCUAGAGACCGAGCUGGAGCGGAGUGACUGGUCCCUGCUGAUUCUACACUACCUGGGGCUGGAUCACAUCGGCCAUGUCGAGGGCAAUGCCAGUCCCAGGGUUCCCCUCAAGCUUAAGGAAAUGGAUGAGGCGGUGCAGAAGAUUUUAGAUCACAAGAAUUUUCCCAACUAUUUGCUUAUGCUGACUGGGGAUCAUGGCAUGGCUGAUGGCGGAGGACAUGGCGGAAAUACACCGGUUGAAACUACUGUGCCCCUAUAUCUGUAUUCCAACAACUGCAGCAAGACCAUAUCCAGCAAAAAACGGUACAACCAAAUUGACUUGGCCCCGACUCUUUCAGUGCUUUUGUCUGUUGAGAUACCUACUCUUUCCAUUGGCUGCCUGAUACCAGAGAUGCUGCAAUCAUUGUCCUUGGAACACCAGAUGUACGCUUACUUCUACAAUGCCCACCAUUUGCUUAACAAGGCGCGAGUGAAGUUUGGCCACGACAGAGUCCAUCGAAGCGAUUACUACACCUGGUACCAGAAUGCCACCCUGUUGCAUAAAAAGCUGCUACAUCCUUUGAGAGAGGGUGGGGGAGGUGGAGCCAGUCAGGUUUACUACCAGAACGCCAAGCUAAAUUAUAUGCGGGUGGCUCGCGAAAUUUCCAGUCUGCUCUCCGAGUCUCUGGUAAAGUUUGAUUACGGAUUUAUAGCCCUAGGACUAGCUUUGACCACAGCGUCAUCCCUCCAUAUCGUGAUCAGCGUCUUGUACUUGGAUCUCACAGAACAGCUUCAGCUGGACAGCUUAAAAUCGGGACAACUGCUGGUCUCUGUGAUUGCCGCUGUACUCCUAAAUGUGACUAGUCAUGCACUGGAUAUCAUCCUGACCAGUUCAACGUUCCAUAGCAUUCUGCUAGUGGUACCCAUAUCCAUCGCUGUUUAUCUUACAAUCGAUGUGGCGCAGGCGCUGCUGAAGAUUGCAUUGCCUCCCAUAUACACACGUCGCCUAAGGAUCUCAAUUCCAUUGCCACUACCUCUGCUAGCUUGUUUCGCUAUUCGCACCUUAACUCUUGGUUCCUCUUCCUUUAUUGAGUACGAAUAUAAGACCUGGUACUACCUGGGUAAUUCGCUUAUCCUGCUGACAGCAUUCCGAACGCUGCGACGGCGCAUCACCAAAACCAACGUCGAACUAGAUGGCCGCCAUCUGUACACCAUUGCAUCGACGUGUCUGUGGCAAAUGCGAAAAGUGUUUGUAAUGCUUAUGAUGCUCACCCUGAUGCGCUACAUCCACAGGCUGCAGGCGAUUCGGAGCACCAUCAUGAUAUUCUCACUGCUGUUGCUCUGGGCGCGUCUGCAUCGCCACAGCCAGUUGCCGCAGUCGGUGGCCAGUGGAGCAGCUUUGUUUAUGGUUUACUGCUUUCGCGGGCUAAACGGACAGGUGCAAUUCUUCGAGGUGCCUCCGCAUAUGGCUGCAAAGCUUAUGGUGCCCACGCUGGUGGUCUUCUGGUGCUGUUUGGCAUUGGUUCUAGUGCUGGGCUAUAGGGCGGCGCUGCCUCAAAUGCAUAGCUUCGGGGAGGUGCCGCCCACGAGUGUGUUGUUGCAGCUGCUCCAGACUAACCUCAGCAGCUCCCUGCUGCUAGCAGCUCUUCUGCAAAAGGUGCAGAACAUCCUACUGUUGCCUGUACUCCUCGUAGCCCUGCAGCAAACCUAUAAGCUGUGCGAUGUUUUCGGUACCAGUGCCCGAAAGUUCUCCGUGCGGUUGGUGCAUGUGUACAAGAUAAUCAUGACCAUUUUCCUGGCCAGGAUGUUUUUCUUCUACCAGGGCAACUCGAACAGCUUGUCCACCAUUGACCUGACGCCGGGAUAUAUUGGCCAGACUAGCUACAACCCUUCGAUUGUGGCCCUCUUCGUCACCCUCAACACUUACAGUGCUGAGAUUCAUGCAUUCCUUUACUUAGUUGUCCAUACGUUGCGCUCGGAUCUGCGCAGUGUGGGCAUUAUGCAGCUGCAGCCGCCUUAUUCCAUAGCCGCAGAUUCGCUGAUAGCUCCGCUGUAUGCCGCACUGAUCAUGCUGCCGGCGGCCUUCUACCUCUGCCUGAUGCUCGGCUUCCGCUACCACCUCUUCAUCUAUUCCGUAUUCUCCCCCAAAGUACUUUACGACUGUUACACUGUGCUGGUGUUCUAUUUGGUAUUUUUAGUAACGAGUUUGUACUUUAAAUUGUUUAAACAUGACGCUUAAAUAAGAAAUAAUUUAAAAACGCUUAAUCUA